AUGCAGCUCGAGAAGGAGUUCUUCGCCGGGCAGCCACUCAAUUCGCAGGUCCGGCAGCUGCGACUCCUGGUCAUCGACUUUGAUGAAACCAUCACGACCCGGGACACUUCAGGCACCAUUGCAAAAACGGCCAUCCAGGCCGUCGUGAGCAAGGUGUCUGAGGCAUCAAAGUCCGAGGAUCUGGUGCAGGAGCUGGCAGACAAGCACAGCUGGCUCAUCAGGAACUACACCGACCGGCGCACCUCCCUCCUCGAGGAUGCCCUGCCCCCAGAGGGGGAGGUCAGGACGGAGUUUGACAUGGGUUGGCUCGGUGACUUUGUGGAUCGCCUGGCUGAUUUUGACCGGGAGAUGAACACCGUGGUCGUCGACUCUGGCAUCCUGAAGGGUGUCCGCCGCGAGCAGCUGGCGCAGGCCGGGGCGGCUGUGGAGAUGCAGCCCGGGAGCCUGGCGGUGAUGCAGAAGGCAGUCAAGGCGGGCAUCCCUGUGGCCGUGGUGUCGGUGAGCUGGUCGGCAGAGUUUGUGCGGGCGGCGCUGGCGCAGCAGGGGCUGCCGGUGGUCGUCAGCGACAGCGACGGCCAAGGGGCCGACGUCCCCUCCGUCAGCGCCGUCACCGUCUACGCCAACGAGCUGGAGUACUUUGGGGACGAGCGGUGCGAGUGCGGCGCGGACAAGGCCCGCCUGCUGGACGACCUGCUGCUGGGCCUGGCCGCGGAGGCCGGCUCCGGCGGCGACGCGGUGUACGUCGGCGACUCCAUGACCGACGUGCCGCCCCUCAUCUCCGCCGACGUGGGGCUGGUGGUGGAGGUGGUCAUGGCCGACGUCGGCGCGGCCGCGGUCAAGACCGGCAUGCUCCCCGACGCAGCCAGCCCGGGGGUGGAGGCCAUGCUGCGCGAGCACCUCUUCCCCCUGGCCACGCUCAUCACGCCCAACCUGCCAGAGGCCGCCGCGCUGCUGGGCGACGGCCGCGCGAUCGUUGACCUGGAGGGCAUGCGCGCCGCGGCGCGCGAGCUGCACGCCCUGGGGCCCUCCUGGGUCCUGCCGUCGCGGCAGCAGACCGUGACAGACGUGCUGUUCGACGGGCGCACGAUGCUGGAGCUGAGCGAGCCGCUGGUGGUGUCGGACAACGUGCACGGCACGGGGUGCUGCCUGGCUACGGCCAUCGCCUGCGAGCUGGCGCGCGGGCACAGCGUGCUGGCCGCGGUGCGCCGCGCCAAGCGCUACCUGUGGCGCACGCUGGAGCGCUCGCGCGGCCUGCCCCUUGGCGACGGCCCGCAGCGCACCAUGAACUUUGGCUGGGCCACCGCAGACUGGGCCGCCGAUCUGGCCGCCGCGGGCGUGCCCAUGCCGCCGCGCGUCCCCAACGCCGCCGACCUGCGCCUCUACGCCAUCACCGACCCUGCCCUCAAUGAACGCGCGGCGCGGAGCCUCAUAGACGCCGUGCGACUGGCCAUCGACGGCGGGGCCACGCUGGUCCAGGUGCGCGACAAGAACUCGCCCGCCCGCGCCUUUGCCGCCGCCGCCGCCGAAGCCCUGGAGCACGCGCGCGCGCGCGGCGUGCCGCUCGUGAUAAACGACCGGCUGGACGUGGCGCUGGCCAUCGGCGCCGACGGCGUGCACCUGGGGCAGGACGACCUGCCCGCCGCCGCCGCGCGACGUUUGCUGGGACCCGACCGCAUCCUGGGCGUGUCGGUGAAGACGCCGGAGCAGGCCGCGCGCGCGGCGGCCGACGGCGCCGACUACGUCGGCUGUGGCGGCUUCGCGCCCACCAACACCAAGGCGGGCAACCUGACCGUCGGGCCGGAGGGCGUGGCCGCAGUCGUGCGCGCGCGCGUGCUCCCUGUCGUCGCCAUUGGCGGCAUCGGCGAGGGCAACGCCUCGGCCGCCCUGGCGACCGGCGCCGACGGCGUCGCCGUCAUCUCCGCCAUCUUCGGCGCGCCGGACGUCGUGCGCGCCACCAAGCGCCUGCGCGCGGUCGUGGACGCAGCGCUCACCGCGCGCGGCCUCUCGGAGGGGGGGGAGGAGGCCUGA